AAAUGUCAAAGUUCAUGAUUGGCAUGUUUCUGUUUGACUGCAAAAAAUAGCUGAUCCUUCUUGUUUAUUAAUUAGAAUUAUUCAACUUGCAAGUAAUCAUGGCUUCGGAGCGGUAUAGUUUCUCGCUCACCACAUUUAGCCCCUCUGGAAAACUGGUUCAAAUUGAAUAUGCUUUAGCAGCAGUAAGUGCGGGUGCCCCAUCUGUAGGAAUAAAGGCAUCCAAUGGUGUUGUAAUUGCUACUGAAAACAAGCACAAAUCAAUCCUUUAUGAUGAGCACAGUGUCCAUAAAGUUGAAAUGAUUACUCAGCACAUAGGUAUGGUUUAUUCUGGAAUGGGACCAGAUUACAGGUUGUUAGUCAAGCAAGCCCGUAAAAUGGCACAGCAGUAUUAUCUGGUUUACCAUGAGCCUAUUCCUACUGUGCAGUUGGUACAGAGAGUUGCUGCAAUUAUGCAAGAAUAUACACAAUCAGGAGGUGUGAGGCCAUUUGGAGUUUCUCUGUUAAUUUGUGGAUGGGAUAGUGAUAGGCCUUAUCUUUUCCAAUGUGAUCCUUCUGGAGCUUACUUUGCCUGGAAAGCAACUGCUAUGGGCAAGAAUUAUGUCAAUGGAAAAAUGUUUUUGGAAAAAAGAUAUAGUGAAGAUCUAGAGCUGGAUGACGCCGUACACACAGCCAUUCUAACUUUAAAGGAAAGCUUCGAGGGUCAAAUGACUGCUGACAACAUAGAAGUUGGAAUAUGUGACCCGACCGGUUUUAGGAGACUAGAACCUUCUCACGUUAAAGACUACCUAGCCAAUAUUCCAUAAGUUCAUAUAGAUAUUAUCGUAUUCUUUUAAAUUAAGGGUUUAAAUUAAUACGCGAUUGUGCAGUUUAUACUUUUUAAUUACAUGCCUGGUUUAAAUUUAAA